AUGUUGUUGAACUGGGGAACACGGUUUAGUAUAAUCAAAGGGGUUGCAAGGGGUCUUCUCUAUCUUCAUGAAGAUUCAAGGUUAACCAUAAUUCACAGGGAUCUCAAGGCUGGAAAUAUUUUGCUAGAUGCAAAUCUGAAACCUAAGAUUGCAGAUUUUGGUAUGACGAGGAUCUUUGGUGAAAACCAACAAAAUGCAAAUACCCAACGUGUUGUUGGAACGUAUGGCUACAUGGCCCCUGAGUAUGCAAUGGAAGGCAUUUUCUCUAUGAAGUCUGACAUCUACAGCUUCGGCGUGUUACUACUAGAGGUUGUAACCGGUAUAAGGAGAAACUCUAAUGGACACACAAUGAGUUUUCCUGGUCUCACGGUUUAUGCAUGGAAUAUGUGGAAGGAAGGAAAGACAGAGGAACUGGCAGACUCGUCUCUCAUGGAUAACCAUUCACCAAAUGAAGUUUUGCUCUGCAUCCAUGUGGGACUCAUGUGUGUCCAAGAAAACCCAGCUGACAGGCCACUCAUGUCAAAUGUUGUGUUCGUCUGGGAGAUCGGAAGCACAACACUUCCAGCCCCCAACCUCCCUGCCUACUUUGCACGACGAAGCGGGAAAAUAGAGGAAAACAGGGUUGAUAUUCGAAACUCCGUGAAUAGUUUUACUCUUUCUGAGAUACAAGGGCGGUGA